GCCGCUCUGGGAAGGAGGCUGGGGCUGGUCAGUCCUGAUUUCCUGGAGAAGUGGAGAAUGAGGGUCGGGCUGGGCUUGGGGCAGAAGUGAAGUGGUACAUGGCCUGUUUGAAGUUUGUGGGGGACAUCGGAGGGCGAAGUUGUGGAAGAAAGGGGAGCUGCCCUGGAGCUGGGAGUCCCUAGGUGGGGGACUGGUGGAUGGAGGUAAAUUGGAUGGAGGGCAGCAGUGAACAGGAGAGCCCGCUGAUCCGUGACCUAAGAGCAUAGAAGAAACCCGUCCAGCAGCCCCAGCAAGGACCGGGAGCUGCUGGGUCCUGAUGAAUCGAGCAGUAACUUUGCACCAAGUUCCAGCCAUGUAGCCUUGCGUCAUCUUGCAGCAGUUACAACAUGAUAACUAUAGCAGCUCAUGCCUGCUGUGAUUACUAAUGGCCAGCCCCUGUGUGGGGUGAAGCUCCCAUCUCUCCUCCUGUCCCCCACCCUGUUGUGGGCCCCUGGCUGCAGGAUGAACUGCCGCUCGGAGGUGCUGGAGGUGUCGGUGGAGGGGCGGCAGGUGGAGGAGGCCAUGCUGGCCGUGCUGCACACGGUGCUGCUGCAUCGCAGCACGGGCAAGUUCCACUACAAGAAGGAGGGCACCUACUCCAUCGGCACCGUGGGCACCCAGGACGUCGACUGUGACUUCAUCGAUUUCACCUACGUGCGCGUCUCCUCUGAGGAGCUGGACCGCGCCCUGCGCAAGGUUGUUGGGGAAUUCAAGGAUGCACUGCGCAACUCAGGUGGCGAUGGGCUAGGGCAGAUGUCCUUGGAGUUCUACCAGAAGAAGAAGUCUCGCUGGCCUUUCUCAGACGAGUGCAUCCCCUGGGAAGUGUGGACAGUCAAGGUGCAUGUGGUGGCCCUGGCCACGGAGCAGGAGCGGCAGAUCUGCCGGGAGAAGGUGGGUGAGAAGCUCUGUGAGAAGAUCAUCAACAUCGUGGAGGUGAUGAACCGGCAUGAGUACCUGCCCAAGAUGCCCACGCAGUCGGAGGUGGACAACGUGUUUGACACAGGCUUGCGGGACGUGCAGCCCUACCUCUACAAGAUCUCCUUCCAAAUCACCGAUGCCCUGGGCACCUCAGUCACCACCACCAUGCGCAGGCUCAUCAAAGACACCCUUGCUCUCUAGGCCGUGCUGGGUGCCUUGGGUGCUCCUUGAUGACUUGCAAACCUUGGCCUCUGGGGAUUGUACUCUUAGGCCCUUGGGGCUCUGGAACCUGCUCCGGGUCUUUGGUAAGACUUGGAAGGGCCAUCCCCUGGCUUCCUUGAUUUGUGGUUGCCAGUCUCUGGCCAGCCUCGUAACUUUCACUGACUGUCAAGUCAGGCCAAUACUGUCUGCCACCUCUGGUGGAUCCCCCUUCCUCCUCUACUGUAUAGAAGGGCCUUCACUAUGAUGGUGAAUAAAGUUGAGAAUGUGAGUUUGGGGUGA